AUGUCAUCUGGAGUACCAGCUGCUAAUGGACUAGAACAAGUUGACGAAAUUCAACAAUACUAUGAUUGUAGAUAUCUCUCACCGUGUGAAUCAAUUUGGAGAUUAUUUAAGUAUGACAUCCACCACAAAUGGCCACCUGUGAAGAAACUCAGAUUCCACCUACCACGGAAACAAACAGUUAUUUUCAAAGAUCAUGAAGCUAUCGAGGAUGUGUUUAAAAGAAAUGUCAAGAAGAAAACAAUGUUUUUAGCGUGGAUGGAAUCAAACGUGAAAUAUGAGAAUGGAAGAGGAUUAAAGUAUAUUGAGUACCCUUCAGAAUUUAUAUAUGAUCGUGCUAAGCGGGAAUGGAGACCUAGAAAGAGAGGGUACUCAAUUGGAAGAAUGAACUUCGUCCCCCCCGGUACUGGAGAAUUAUACUACAUGAGACUAUUAUUAAAUGUUCAAAGAGGUUGUACCAGCUUUGAAGAUAUAAGAUCUGUCAAUAACAUAAUAUUUGACACAUUCAAAGGAGCGUGUGCUGCGUUAGGUCUCUUAACAGAUGAUCGCGAAUGCGUUGAUGGCAUACUUGAGACAGCUCAACUCGGAUCUGGCCCAUACUUGAGAGGUUUAUUUGUAAGGCUCUUAUUGUCCAACACAAUGACGGAUCCUCUAAAUGUGUUUGAGAAAUCAUGGAAGCUUCUUGCGGAUGGCAUUAUAUACGAAAGAAGAAAUUUUUUGAACACCCCAGAUUUAACAAUAAGUGAGGAAGAACUUAAAAAGUUAUGUUUAGUUGAGAUUGAGAAACUUCUCUUGAUUAAUGGUCGAUCGCUGAAAGAUUUCAAUGGCAUGCCGCAUGUAGAUUCAGAAUUGCUAUUUCAAUAUGGCAAUAUAUUGAUGUACAAUGAACUUAACUACGACACAGUUGAGAUGAGACGACUACAUUCAAAAUGUAUUCAGAAGUUGAAUGAAGGACAAUUGAAAGCAUAUGAAGAGGUUAUAUCAUCUGUUGAUGGUAGCAAUGGAGGAUUCUUCUUUAUAUACGGUUAUGGUGGAACAGGCAAAACAUUUCUUUGGAAAACCAUAACUUAUAAACUUCGUGCUGAGAAGAAGAUUGUACUAAACGUUGAAGCACUCCUAUUACCUGGUGGUCGUACAGCUCAUUCUCUUUUUUCAAUCCCACUGAACUUGGACGAGGACUCAUGUUGCGGCGUAAUGCUUGGUACUGCUAAGGCGGAGUUGUUGCAAUCUACUAGCCUUAUUAUAUGGGAUGAAGCUCCGAUGGUUAGUAAAUAUGCAUUUGAAGCACUAGAUAGGACCAUGAGGGAUCUAAUGAAGUCUGAUGUAAAUGGUAAUGGUGACAAACCAUUUGGUGGUAAAGUUGUUGUUCUUGGAGGAGAUUUUAGGCAAAUUCUUCCAGUGAUUCCUAAAGCGAGCAGAGCUGAUGUAGUUAUGGCAACGAUUAAUUCAUCCCGUUUGUGGGGAUCUUGCAAGGUUUUGACACUUAAUCAGAAUAUGAGAUUGCUCAGCAAUUCAACAGAUCCUAAAAUUGAAGAGCUUAGACAAUUUGCUAAAUGGGUACUUGAUAUUGGUGAUGGAAAUUUAGGAGAUCAUGUAGAUGGUGAGGCGAACAUAACAAUACCGGAAAAAUUCUUGAUCCAUCAAUCUACCGAUCCUAUUGCUGAUGUUGUCCAGUCUAUCUAUCCUAAUCUAAGUGAGAAUCCAUCGUCAGCUGAAUAUUAUAAGGACAAGGCAAUACUAGCUCCUACAUUAGAUGCUGUAGACUCUGUCAAUAAACACAUGCUUUUUCAUUAUCCUGGAGCUGAAAGGAUCUAUCUAAGUUGUGACACAAUAUGGAAGGUUGAUGAUUCUAUUGGAAUAGAGGCUGAUUGGUUGACUACUGAGUUUUUGAAUGGUAUUCGAUGCUCUGGAAUGCCUGAUCACAGAUUAGUUCUUAAAAAAGAAGCUCCUGUUAUGCUCAUCCGAAACUUAGACAUAUCAUCCGGUCUGUGCAAUGGAACAAGAUUGAUAAUAAAAGAUCUCGGUGACAACAUUGUUGGUGCUAUUGUAAUCACAGGUACACAUAUUGGUCAUAAAGUUUAUAUUCCCAGAAUGAGUCUAAUGCCAUCCAAUGAAUCAAUGCCAGUGAAGUUUCAGCGGAGGCAAUUUCCAUUCAUCGUAUCAUUUGCUAUGACAAUAAACAAGAGCCAAGGUCAAACGCUUUCACAUGUUGGUAUUUACCUACCUAAACAUGUUUUCUCACAUGGGCAGUUGUAUGUUGCCAUAUCUAGAGUGACAUCAAUGGAUGGGUUGAAGAUUUUGAUAUGUAGUGAAGACCAUGCUGCACGGAAUCUAACAAAAAAUAUUGCGUACAAAGAGAUAUUUCAGAAAAUAUAUGUAUAA